AUGGGGUUCAGGUCACAUGUGUAUUUUAGCAAGAAUGUCUGGUUUGCAAUUGCUGCCAUGCUUGGAUACAACCUCCAAGGGGAGGGCAACACGGAGCUGCAGCCUCCAAAGCUACAGUGGAGGGCCUGGAUGACUCACAGCUCUGAGGGCUGUGAUGUCAAGUCAUUCUGUCCCCACAGGAGCAACCUGCAGGCCCUUCCUCCUGACCUGGCGGGGUUAACAAAUAUCGAUUACUGUUCCGAGGUGGCCCAACGCGGGGUAAGUCUCCUUGGCAGCGGGCUGAGCGUUAGGCGGAGCGAGUUGGCAGAAAGCGCCCCGGAAGGAGGGGACUGGCAAGAACCGAGGCGGAGCGGCCUCGCCUUCCCAAGCGCUUCUGCCUUGCCGCUGAGCAGCAGACGGCGGAACCGGGUCCCCGCGCGGCUCGCAGAGGCGCCGCUUCCGCCCCACCGAGAGCGCUGCUGCGCGCGUUUAAUCGGAGAGCCCGCAGGUCCCGAAGGGUCGGCAGCCCCGCGCCCGGCUCUCGCUGCCCCGCCAAGCGCGUUUGCUCGCGGCUUUAUUCCAGCGGCGCAGCAAGAACAAGCGGCGCGUUUCGUUUUUGCCGCCGCGAUGGCCGCGGACGACGGCGGAGGAGACUGGCGCCGCUUGGAGUCGGCGCUGCGCGGCCGCCUCCGCCUCCUCCGGGACAAAUGGGGAGCUCGGGGCGCGCGGGCGGAGGAGCCCGGCGACGAGAAGCAGCAGUGGCCGAGCGGCCUGGAAGCCCUGCCGAUUGAUGUGAAGUUAUACAUCAUGUCCUUCCUCACACCGAAAGAUCUCUGUUAUUUGGGGAGCACCAAUCACUACUGGAAGCUCACAGUCCAAGAUCCCUUGCUAUGGAAAUAUCUCCUUAUUCGGGAUCUCCCUUCAUGGCAUUCUGUUGACUGGAAGUCACUCCCCGAUCCAAACAUAUUUAAUAGAUCUGUUGCUGAGCUCCAUAACAGUGCCUCGUGUGACUACAUGGCAGUAUAUAAGAAGUGCUGCUCUUGUCGCAAAAGAUGUCCGAAAUCCACUUACGGUGCUAUGGCUUCCUUUUUACAGUCGCUGAUGACACCGGCAGAGCCUCGCUUUGCUAUGUUUGGGCCAGGUUUGGAAGACCUGGAUGAAUCUUUGGUGCACAAAUUGAUGACUAGUCCAGAGGUUUUGCUGCUAGCUGGUAUACCUUCUAGACAGAUACAUGGGAUAGGAUCAGGAGUCACAUUUCAUUUGAAUGGCCAGAAAUUCAAUAUUCUGACACUAUAUUCAAAAACCUGCAAGGAAAGACGCAGAGCAAGAGAAGAGGACACCAAUCUCACCAACAAGAUGUUCAUCGAAGAGAACGGUGUUGAUGGGACAACACAGUACAAUCUGAUCGAACAUGUUAAAAACAUGUGCGGGCUAAUUGACGGGUUCAUCUAUGUUGCAAAUGCUGAGGCUCAUAAAAGACACAGCCGUCAAAUUGAAUUUGCUCGGAUGGCAGCAAUGCUUGAUCCAACCCUCGGACCUUCAGGUAGACCUCUGCUGAUUCUGUCCUGCAUUUCCUCUGCUGGGAUUGAAAGGAUUCCUUGUGUUUACGUGGCACAUCAGCUGCAACUACAUCAGCUUGGACAACCAUGGAUGGUUCAGGACACUGAAGCUGCCACAUUAGCUGGACUGUUGGAUGGAAUUCAGUGGUUGCUGGAACAAACUGAACAUAAAAACACCCAAUAAUCAAAUAUGGGUAAAAGUGCCAAUGUUUUUUUUUAAAAAUUCCUUAAUUACAUGCAAUACUUGAUGUAGACACCAUUUUCCUCCUAAUUUGAUAUGUGAACUCAGAAGAAAUGGCUGUUACUAAAAAGGACCUAUGCUAUCACACUCUGUGCUUUGGGAAAUAUAGGCUUAAAAAUGCAGAAAAGGUGGGUGGAAUCAGGGUGGUCUCUAGCCUUGGUGGGUGAGGGGGGAGGUGACCUUGGUAUUAAUACCCUCUGAUCUGCCUAUGUCAGUUGCCCCUCCCUCUCAGUAGUCUUACUCCAAUGGCGAUGCUUCUCUGGUUGGUGCUGGGUGGCUGCCAUUUUAAUUUCUCACAGUGCCCUAGACUCAGGUGCUGUGAGGAAACACGGAAGCGUAUCAGGUGGCAACCCCAGACUUGGGUAAGAUUAAAAGAAAUCAAAAGCAUAGGCAUGGCAAAGAUACAUGUGAAAAGGAACUUGGAGUUGUACUCCGUUGCAAGCUGAACGUGAGUGAGCAGUGUGAUGUGGCUGCGAAAAAGGCAUCAAUGAAGUAGAGUAUCAAAACCACAGAAAGCAAUCGUUCCACAGUGAUCAGACUUCACCUUGAAUACUGUGUCCAGUUUUGGGUUCCACUUUUUAAGAUGGAUUCAGAUAAAUUGGAACAAGUUCAGAGAAGGGUAAGAAAGAGGAUCAGGGGACUAGAAAAUAAGAGCUGCUCUACAUGAGCAAUUUAUUGCAUGCUCGUGAUUGCCAUUCAUGGAAGUUUGUGGGUCUUUUACGUAACAUUGUCAUCCUCCAGGAUGUCUCCUAUGCUUUCCCCCAGUAAUCUUGAUUUUUUUUUUAAAAAAAAUAAUGAGAUAAUGCAGUAUUUAAAAAAUAAUAAUGGGAUGCCAGUGUGUAAAGCUGGCAUUGCACAAUAAUACAGCCACUAGAUGGAGCUAUUUCAUUGAAGUGAUAGAGCAUUGCCAAGAGGGAAAGUUUUCAAUUCAUAAUCUCGUGGUCCCCAUGUAAAGAAGCCUGUCGUAAACAUGGAAAGAUUCCAAAAGAAGAAACCCCAGUAAGGAUGUAGGUUUCUUUCCUUGAUGUGGAGACACCUAAGUCCUUCGAGAGAAAAAUGUUAUGUUUAGCCUUGAGAAGAGAACACUUUCCAUUAUUUUCCAAAAAGGCCCAUUAGCUGCUUAAAAGCCAAGGAUUUCUAGAAACGCCUUCUCAAAUGUUGCUUCAUUCUCUCCAAUGAUUAUCAGUCCAAAGGCCAGACAUAAGGCAAUAGACAUGCAGUUGUUUUUAGAACAUUAAAACAUGUAGCUUAGAUUAUUCUAAACUACAUGCUUAGAAAGGAAACCAUUUCGAUUUGUCAAUAAUAGUCCUACCUGUAGAUAACCAAGUAAAGUCUGUGGGCAGCUGUUCAGCACUGGCAGGUGAGUUAUCUCUCCUGUAAGUGGAACUGUUCCCUUACAGGUGAAUCUUUUCCUCAUAUUUGUAGGCAUGCAAUUUGUUACCUUGCAAAAUAAUAAUAAUAAUAACCAAGUAAAGUCUGUGGGCAGCUGGUCAGCACUGGCAGGUGAGUUAUCUCUCCUGUAAGUGGAACUGUUCCCUUACAGGUGAGUCUUUUCCUCAUAUUUGUAGGCAUGCAAUUUGUUACCUUGCAAAAAAAGUUUUACGUUUUGGU